AUGCUGCCCGUGCCCAAGCGGGACAAGUCGGGCAAGGGCGCCAAGGGCGGCGCCACGGGUUUUGCCUUCAAGAGCCUGUACGGCGCGCCGGGCACCAAGCCCCGGGAGCCCGCCUUCGAUGGGUUGGGCCUCGCCGGUCGCAUGUCUCUGGGCCACAAGUCGGCCCAGUCGGCGGCCCCCGCGCCCCACCCGCCGCCCGUGCUGGGCGAGAAGAGCUUCUCCCACCACCGCAGCCACCACGGCGCUGUGGUGGCCAAGGCGCUGAGCGUGAACAGCGUGCAGCCGACGUCCCCGCCGGGCAAGAGGCAGGCCUGCGGCGCCGUGACGCGGGGCAGCGCGGACGACCUGGCAUUCGCGCUGGCCGGCAUCGACGGCAAGGCCUACAAGGCGUACGAGGAGCUGCGCGGCUGCUGGGAGUUCAAGAACUUCAGGCUGUUCGUGGACCACGUGCAGGCGUACCCGCAUGGCCCGCCCUCGAGGUGCAGGGUGCAGGUGGCGCAAUCGUUGGCUUCGAUCCCGUCGUGGCUGCUGGCCAACGGCGUGCGGCGCGCGGCGCUGUGCGACUACCUGACGCGGCGGCUCAGGGAGGUGGUGGAGGCGACGGGCGGCAACGUGAAGGAGGGCCACGGCGGGCCGGCGGGCGACAGGGGCGGGGAGAUUCUCGUGGACGUCCCGGGACAGAACGUGGUCGAGCGGACGUCCGUGGUCGUGAACUCCUCCCACGUGGAGGCGCGGUUCUCGGUGGGGCUGCCCGCGCAGGCGGGCGCGGUCGUGGCCGAAUGGACCACUCGGGCGCUGACGAAGAACCUCGCGGUCCACGUGGAGCGCGCCCUGUUCUUCAACCACCAGGAUGCAAGCGCUGUCCAGCGGCAUGUGGAGACAGUUGAGGAUGCAGCUGCCCUGCGGUCCCAGCUCGAUCAGAUGGGACUUGUGGCAUUCGUCGCAAACGGCUCGAUCCUGCCAAGGAGAUCUGGGGCAUCAGAUAAGCCGAUGGAUGCCCAGGACGCUGUGAGAUUUGUGUCACCUCCCUCUUUGGAGGUCACCAUGAAUGCCCCCCACAAGGGGAAGGUGAAGGGUAUGGGCAUCAAGAAGGGGGUGACAGUCAUCGUUGGGGGUGGCUUCAAUGGAAAGACAACAUUGUUGAAGGCCAUCGAAAUGGGCGUAUACAACAAGGUGCCUGGUGAUGGCAGGGAGUUGAUUGUCACUGACGCUGGUGCCGUCAAGAUUCGUGCCGAGGAGGGAAGGAGAGUGCAAGCUGUGGACAUCUCACCCUACGUUUCGAAGCUGCCACAAGGCGAGGACACGACGAACUUCAAGACAGAGGACGCAAGUGGCAGCAUCUCUCAAUCUGCAAACAUACAGGAAGCAUAUGAAGCUGGAGCCUCAGUGUUGUUGCUGGAUGAGGACACAUGCGCCACAAAUUUCAUGAUUCGAGAUGAGCGCAUGCAGGCCCUCAUUUCGAAAGACAAGGAGCCGAUCACGCCAUUCAUUGCAAGAAUAAGGACUCUGGCGAAUAACAAAUUGUCUACAAUUUUGGUGACGGGUGGCUCUGGAGAGUAUUUCAACGUGGCAGAUCGGGUAAUCUGCAUGGAAUCCUACUGUCCCAAGGAUGUGACAGAGGAUGUAAAGCGUAUCAAUCAACUGUUUGGCGAGUCAGCGGUUUUGAAGAAGUGGGGCUCAAGGGCCUACCCUAGUGUCGUUCCAAGGGGCAUUUUGCCAACAUCAUACUACAACGAGCCGAAGACCAGUGUCCGCGGUCGUGGCUUGGUCCAUUUUGGAGAGGAGAGCCUUGAUUUGAGCGCUGUGGAGCAAUUGGUGGAAGUGUCCCAGACAAGGGCGAUCGCUGAGGCCGUGCACUACGUCCAGAGUGGUGCAACCCAGCAUGGGCCCUUCAACAGGAGGUCUCUCAGCUACAUUCUGGAUCACAUCGAGCAGGAUAUUGACCGCCAGGCGCAUGGUGCAGCUGACAUGAUGGGGGUGGCUGGGCGCUUGUCGGUUUGGUUGCUGCUGCUCUGA